CAGCUCAACUGAUUUUGAACUAAGUGCAGUUUAAACAACUGAAGAAAGCAGAAAUAGUAGCAAAUUUGGAAACUUCAGUUUGGAUCAUUUUGUUGGAGGUAAUAGCUGUCCUGUGUUAGAAAACAUACUAGUUCUUGCAAAUCGUACUUGAAAGCACUUCAUGAUUUCCAAGUUAAGAAGUAUGUUCUUCCUCCUCUCUACUAUUACUAGCAAAAUGUUCUAGAAUUGUAAUAACUGUAGAAAAAGUUUGUGUGUUGAAUUGUUGGAAAGAAUAUCUGUCCCAAAUCUGUAAACACAGAUCCUUAGUGGGAGGUGCUGGACAGUCAGAUGUGCUGUGGAUAUAGUGUAUGGGCAUGUCAGACUUUCUGCACAUGCAGUGUAAGUCAGCCUGUACAUGCUCAGCUGCACUGUGCAUCUGCAGUAUCUGUUUUACAGAUGCCCAGUGAGCUAAGGUUGCUGGAAUCUGGAAAGACAGUAGGUCGUAACCUAAAAGGUAGAGCAACAGCUUACCAUUAGGAGCAGUAGGAUUGGCCAUUUCUUGUUUAAGCACCCAAAGCUUAUAGACACUGUCUUCAUGAAGCAGAAAUAAUGGGAGAUGAACCUGCUCUAGUGGUUAAGACUAAAGAUGUCAUGUAUCGAGCGUAGAGAAGCUCAUGUAGUUUUGCAGUCAGCUGGAAAAAAUGAGUACUUUUACUAGUACCAAGGUGGUUCUCCGGGGAAAGAUGAAGGCCAGAACUGUUUCAUGAAUGCUAUAGACCACUCCUAAAAUGGUCUUUAAAGUAUCACUACUAUGUCUUUUUCCAUGUACAGAAAAGUAAUAUGCAAGGAUAUCACUGAAGUAGGCAUGUGGGGAGUAUAUGUGGGAGAAGGAUUCCUACAUUUACAGGGUGGAUCUUCAGGAAUACAUUCUAUUUCCAGCAAGCAAGCAAAAAGAGUAGAUUUUUACAGUUCUAGAUAGAGCAAACAAUGCUCAUCAGGAGGAUGUACUAAUAAUUGUGCUAAUACUGAACAAAUAUUGUCAAAUCUAUAGGCUAGGUGCCCUGAUUAGGCCUUCUGUUGCUUUAUUCUCAAAUACCAAUACAAUUCAUGCUAAAACACACGGCUAAGUUUUUCAGAAGAUGACUGUUUCUGCAAUAGUUUAUGGGAAAGGAGUGGAUUGGUAUCAUUUUUGUGGUAUCACAUUGGAGUGUUGAUUUUGAAUCAGAAACCUGUUGUGGUAAAGGCUCAUUCUCUGGACAAAACGUGGUUCCUGACUCAAAGAUCUUGCGGCAAUGAACAAGCUGAAUUCCAACACUAUUUAUUAUGCUAGCAUGCUGUUAAAAUUGACAUGAAUGACAUGGGCUGACUGCCUAUAAGUAUGAUUACAUUAAAAAAUUGCACAUAGCUGCAUCUAUUUUGUGAAUGAAGCUGUAUGCAAUUGCAUAUAUAUGAAAUUGUUGGGGGUGGAGGGGAGGAAUUAAAGGAUAAAUGCUGCUGAAUACACUUGAUCAGUAAUCAGAAAACCUGCAGUGUAUACACAAGUAUAUGCUAGUUUUGUGCAUGUUUCUGUAACAACACCAAAUGGUUGCUUAAGCUCUUCGAUAUUUAUGGUGGCAUUAAUAUAAAUUAUUUGAUUUACUUAUUUGAUGUUAGAUUUACUUAUUCACAGUUUUUAAAUGAGAAAAUAUUGUGGACGUUGGAUUCCUCAAACUCAACAUGGGUUUAACUUGUAGCUUUAAUCAUGGCUGGAGCAUUGUGCAGUUUGUUUAUGGGGGCUUGAGUAUUUUCUCUAUUUCAGUAGAGUGACCCCAGCAGCAAAGCAGGAUAAAGUUGAAGCAGAAAUCCAAAGAUUUCUAGCCAGCCCUAAUUCUGUGCAAUGCUACUAGGAACAAAGGAGCGCCAUGUUGCAUUUGAAUCUACUUCCACAGCCACGCUGGCUAGCUUGCUGCAUGAGUGCAAAGAGAGAAGCUGGCACCUGGGAAGCCUUUCCGAUCCUGUCAAGCUCCAGCCUGGGGUAGCUGCUGCCUGGUCCAGGGAAGCUGUGCCUCUGGAGGAGGGACUGUAGCUGCGGUGGCGGCGGCAGCAGCAACGGCAGGGGAGGAGGAGCUAGAGCUGGCCGGGAGCUGUUCCUGCUUACGGCUGGCGAUUAUCAUCCCUCUAUCUCUGCGCCGAGGCACUAGCGGUGCUGCAGAGGCUGCCCAGGGACCUGCUUGCUCUCCGUGACCCCUGCCAUUCCCCAGGACUUCCACAAUGGUAAAAGAGGAUACUGGAAAUGAGAAUGAAGACUCUGAGCUGUCAGAAUGUGUGAAAAAUGGCAUGAUUCCCAUGCACGAGAAAACUAAGGAAGGGCCAACAGUAGAUGCCAAAGGUACUGAUGGAAAUAUACAAACAGAAGAAACUGCUCUCUUGAAUCACAGUGCUCAGCAACCUCAGGAGCCGAUAGCAGAGUCUUCAACACCUGCAAGAACACUGAGGCAAAUAUGUGCCUGUCCUCCUCAAGGUUUACUGGCCCGAAUAGUGACAAAUGUUGUGAUCGUGGUCCUGGUUUGGGCUGUGGCUUGGUCUAUCACUGGGACUGAGUGUCUCCCAGGUGGAAACCUGUUUGGAAUUCUAUUUCUUUAUUUUUUUGCUGUCAUUGGAGGUAAAAUUUUUGGACUCAUUAAAAUACGAACACUGCCACCUCUCCCUGCUCUUCUUGGGAUGUUACUUGCUGGUUUUUUCAUCCGAAAUACCCCGGUCAUCAGUGACAUCAUUCAGAUAAACCUUCGCUGGUCUGCAGCACUGAGGAAUAUUGCUCUUUCCAUUAUCUUGACCCGAGCAGGACUUGGCCUGGAUCCAAAGGCUCUUAAGAAGCUGAAAGCAGUUUGUUUACGGCUUUCUUUUGGACCAUGCAUCUCGGAGACAUGCACAGCUGCUGUUCUUGCCUACUUGUUCAUGCAUUUGCCGUGGCAAUGGGGAUUUAUAUUAGGUUUUGUUCUAGGUGCCGUUUCCCCUGCUGUCGUGGUGCCCUCAAUGCUGAUAUUACAAGCAGGAGGAUAUGGGGUGGAAAAAGGUGUCCCAACUCUGCUAAUGGCUGCUGGCAGCAUUGAUGACAUCCUGGCCAUUACAGGUUUCAACACCUGCCUGGGGAUGGCUUUCUCUUCCGGUUCUACUCUGUACAACGUGCUCCGCGGAGUGCUGGAGGUUGCUGUUGGCAUAGCAGCUGGGGGGAUUCUGGGAAUGUUUCUUCGGUAUUUCCCAAGCCAUGAUCAGGCGUCUCUGGCAUGGAAGAGAUCGUAUUUUGUUCUGGGUCUGUCCAUGUUUGCUGUUUUUGGCAGCAUCUACUUUGGUUUCCCUGGAUCAGGAGGGCUCUGCACACUAGUCUUAGCUUUUGUUGCCGGUGUGGGAUGGUCUGACGACAAGAGGGCAGUAGAAAAAAUUGUUGCAGUUGCAUGGAAUGUCUUUCAGCCUUUUCUCUUUGGUUUAAUUGGAGCAGAAGUAUCUGUUAUGUCUCUUAGGCCUGAAACUGUUGGGCUCUGUAUCGCUACGUUAGGCAUUGCCCUGGUUGUACGAAUCCUAGCAACGUUCCUAAUGGUGUGUUUUGCUGGGUUUAAUUUCAAGGAGAAAGUAUUUGUCUCAUUGGCAUGGAUCCCCAAAGCCACCGUCCAGGCUGCUAUAGGCUCCCUUGCCCUGGAUACUGCAAGAAGUCAUCAGGAUGAGCAACUGGAAAAGUAUGGAAUGGAUGUACUGACAGUAGCUUUCCUGGCAAUCUUGAUCACUGCUCCAAUUGGAGCCCUGGUUAUUGGCUUGGCAGGGCCCAGACUUUUGCAGAAGGCUCAGACAAAUGAGGAAGAUGAGGAAGGUGCUGAGGCUGGAGAAGAGACAGAGACGUGCGAGCGUUCGUAAGAAAGAUGCGUACGGGAACACAGUACUUCAGCCUCUGCUACGUUUAUUGAGUAAACAUCGUGUGUCUUUAAUCUUUCUGGAGGAAACCAAAACAAGUAUCAGUUGUAUCUGCUAUUUUAAAAGCAGCCCUGGUGGAGUUUUUCUAAAGUAUUUUUAACUGUUGAUGGUGCCUUAAGAGAUGAAUAAGCUAAACAUACAGUGAAUAGGCUGGCCAGGCAAUGAGUCACUGGAGAAGUCAACAGUUAUUUGAAAUGUGUGGGUGUGAGGCCAGGAAGAGGAUCUGAAUUGUCCAGGCUUGGAGUGGAGUCAUGAGAUGGAAUAUAAACAGAAGAAAAUGGAGACCAACGUGAUUAACUUUUGGAGUCUGGAACUGGGCUGUGAGAUGACAGGUUCAAAGGCUCAGGAAAUGUGACUUCUGAAUUACAGGACUGUUCACACACAGUGAACAAGUCCUGCUGCUGGGGUUGGUGAUUCCCUCUUUCCUCCUCGUUUGGGUUCCAAAACUUGCCUUUUCCUAUCGCUCUUCCUCCCCAGAACUCUCGCACUCCUUUGCACCUUCAAGGCACUGUCAGCUCUAUCACAGUGAGAAACAGCAAGCAGCAUCUAGGUGCUGAAGGAGGCAGGUGGCUCUGCAAGGGACUAUGGUAAUAUAGAAGUUGCUAGUGCUGGCAAAAGGGCUGAGCUUGAAAAUGGAAUGGGAGUUGCAGGGAGGGUAUAAGGACUGGGGAGGGGGUUGUAUAGGACUGGGAUGGCUGCUGCUUCACCUCUGUAACCCAGCCUUAGCACAACAUUAUGUAAAGGAAGGGAAAACCAGCUCAUCGGCCACUAAAGUGCCGUUUCCCAUGUUCUGGUGCCGAUCACUGUAGAACAGAGGGGCAAACGGCCUCAGGAUGGGGUUUGUGGGCAGAGCAAGGCCGAGCUAGCAGUGAGUCGCCCCUUUCUUCCUCAGCUCCUUUUGGGGAACUCGGCAAUGGGUUGAGAAGACGUCUGCCACUAAGAUGUAUGGACCAAGAGGUGUCUCCUGUUGCUCUAGCCUAACCUUACUUAAGACAGAGCAAUAUGUGAUCUGGCCCUUCUCACAUCUGCAUGUGGAUAACUGCAGCAAGGUAAAACAGGUAUUUGCUUAAAAAUAUAGCCAGUUAGUGCUCAGUUUCCCAAGAGGUAGCUGGCUGGCUUGACUGUGGAGAAUGGAGGCCUGUCAGAUGCUGCAGUGAUAGAAUUUGAAAUGAACGGCCUUGAAAAUGCAGUGCUGAGAAGGACGGUACAAACCAAACAGAGGCUCACCCCACCUACUGUGUGAAGGCAGGCAGCCUGAGGAGGCAGGACUAGGGAUACGGUACUAGCACUCUCGGCAUCUCCCCACAGCUGAUGUGGGUCUUUCUAGACAUGCAAGUUCCACACAGCUGUGGAUCACAGUAAUGACUGGCAACACUCAUCUUGAAUCUCUUGCCAAAACAUUUCACCAGGGGGAGCAAAAAGCUCAAGUGUGUGUGUGUGUGUGUGUGUGUGUCUUUUUUUUAUUUCCUUCAUUUUACUUAAUAUAGAUGCUUCCUGUACAGUCGGUGCAAUAUUGUUCACAUUUGAUUUUCCUGUAUAACCUGUUACAGCUUCCCUCCUUCUUUGCUUGACUGUCCUAAAACCAGAAGUAAACUCUUUUGUUGAUCAAAAUCCUGCUCUUGCCUUUAGCUUUGGUACCAGUCAGGGUUUGGUACUGUCUGUUACAGGUAACAGCAAAUCUUUCUUAUUCUGCUGCAUUUUGUACCACUGCAUAUCAAACUAGCUAGCUAUGAGUUGGUCAUUUCUUGCUCCACUCUGAGGCGAGGAGUCAAUAUAGCAUCCUUGAGAAACAGGAGGUUUUAUUUACUUUUUUAAUGAGGAAAUGUUAAAUUAUGCCUGAAAUCUAGGUGGACAAUGGCUGCCUGCUAAGUUCCAUACUACAAUAUAUUGAACUGGUUUUACAAGAUACUGUAUAGAACAAUGUGUCCAGAGUAUCUGGUAUCUGUACCUGGUAUUGGUAUCUGUAAGUAGGAGAUUCAUCACUUUUAUUUCAGCUCCUUUUUACAUUACUUCUUAAAAAAUUUAAGAAAAUGCUUUUAAAAGAGAACAGCUGUACAUUUCUGAAACUAUUAUUUGUGGAGUGUAUGUGUAUACUUGUGUGCAGAAUAAUAAUAAUAAUAAUUAUAGUGCAGUGCAUA